CUCCUCCUCCUCCUCCUCUCUCUCUCUCUCUCUCUCUCUCUAGCUUCUUCUCUCUCUAGGCUGAAGGUCAUGCCAUCUCUACAAUGGAAAAUCUUGGCAUUGGCCAUGGUUUUGUCACAGCCAACAUUCUUGUUCAUGGAAGUAGACUGCUUUCUCUCUACAUUCGACAAGAUUACCCAGCUACCCGGACAACCCCAAGUAAGCUUCCAGCAAUUUUCUGGGUAUGUGACAGUUGAUGAGAAGAAACAGAGAGCUCUGUUCUACUACUUUGUUGAAGCAGAGAUAGAUCCAGAUUCCAAGCCUCUUGUCCUCUGGUUAAAUGGAGGGCCUGGUUGUUCUUCAUUGGGGGUUGGAGCAUUCUCUGAGAAUGGGCCAUUUAGGCCUAGUGGUGAGGUACUGGUGAGGAAUGAAUACAGCUGGAACAGAGAAGCAAAUGUGUUGUAUUUAGAGGCACCAAUUGGAGUUGGUUUCUCAUAUUCAACUGAAACUUCCUAUGCUGUAAAUGACAAGAUCACAGCCAGGGACAAUCUACUGUUCUUGCACAAAUGGUUUACCAAAUUCCCACAAUACAGAAACAGAAGCUUGUUCAUUACAGGAGAAAGCUAUGCUGGUCACUAUGUUCCUCAACUAGCACAGCUCAUGCUUCAAUUCAACAAGAAGGAGAAGUUGUUCAACUUGAGAGGAAUUGCUCUGGGUAAUCCAGUUUUAGAAUUCGCGACAGACUUCAAUUCAAGAGCUGAAUUUUUCUGGUCUCAUGGGUUGAUAUCGGAUUCUACAUACAAAAUGUUCACUUCCACUUGUAACUAUUCGCGGUAUGUGAGUGAAUAUUAUAGGGGCUCUACAUCCCCAACUUGUUCAAGAGUGAUGAGCCUCGUGACCAGAGAAACAAGUAGAUUUGUGGACAAGUAUGAUGUUACUCUUGAUGUCUGUAUAUCAUCCGUGCUCUCGCAAUCUAAAGUCCUUAAUCCCCAUGAAGCCACGGAGACUGUAGACGUGUGUGUGGAAGACGAAAUUGUAAAUUACUUGAACCGGAGAGAUGUUCAGAAAGCUUUACAUGCACAACUUAUAGGAGUCAACCGAUGGCUUGUUUGCAGCAAUAUAUUGGAUUAUGAGUUGCUCGACCUGGAAAUACCAACAAUCUCUAUCGUGGGAAAGCUCGUCAAGGCAGGAAUUCCAGUCUUGGUUUAUAGUGGAGAUCAAGAUUCUGUUAUACCACUGAUUGGAAGUCGAAAAUUGGUACAUGGACUGGCAGAGGAAUUAGGAUUGAACACCACCACACCCUAUAGAGUUUGGUUUGCUGGGAUGCAGGUUGGUGGGUGGACUCAAGUCUUUGGUAAUGUCCUUUCCUUUGCCACCAUUAGAGGAGCAUCUCAUGAAGCUCCUUUCUCUCAACCUGAGAGAUCGCUUGUGUUAUUCAAGGCGUUUUUGGAAGGCAGGUCUCUACCAGAAGCAUUCUGAUCUACUGAUCGGUUCGACGUGAUGAAUUGCAGAUUGAGAUUGUAAGUAAAAGUUUGUCAAAGAAAAUGAGUUGUUCAUCUUAUGAGAGAAAUGAAAAUUGCAUUCAUUUGUUUGUCUGUCUGUCUGAGCUUGACCAUCCUAUGGAACUUUGAAAUAGAAGAAGUUUGUAAAGAUUUCAAGAAAAGGAGUACAUUGGCAUUUUUUCUCUGUUC